GCGAGCAUUCAUGAAAUCUCAACUGUACCUUUCAUUUCCAGUUUCCACGUCGAAGGAAUGCCAUAAAACAAACCAAAAAAAUGCAGGCAUCCAGACUCCUCUCCCUCAUCACAGCCCCACACACACACACCAACCAACCUAACUCUCUCCCCCUUAUUUCUUUCUUUAAUACCCCUCACCCACUCUAUCAUUUGUUUAUCAACCCGAAGAUGUCCGCUUACGACCGUGUUGCCGAGAUUAAAGCCUUCGACGAGGCCAAAGCGGGCGUCAAAGGACUCAUCGAUGCAGGCAUCACGACCGUUCCUCGCUUCUUCCACGACUACUCUUUUACCAACAACAAUGCAAACCCAAACAUCGCAAUCCCCGUAAUCAACCUGCAACCCGAACAGAGAAACCGAGCCGUCGAUGAGAUCAGGCGAGCAUCAGAGACGCUCGGGUUCUUUCAAGUUGUGAACCACGGCGUACCCCAGGCGGCGAUGGGGGCGAUGAGGGAGGGAGCGAGGAGGUUUAAUGAGGAGGACGGCGAGGUGAAGAGGAUGUACUACGCGAGGGAUCCGAGCAAGAAGGUGCUUUUCAACAGUAAUUUUGAUCUUUACCAGGCUCCUGCGGCAAACUGGAGGGAUACGCUGUUUUGUGUUGUGGCGCCGGAGGGGCCUCGACCAGAUGAACUGCCAGCUGCUUGCAGGGAAAUAAUUGAGGAAUACACACACCAUAUUCAAAAUCUAGGGAACAUUUUGUUCGAGUUACUCUCUGAGGCAUUGGGUCUAAGCCGAGACCAUCUGAAAGGAAUGGAAUGUGCCAAAGGUCUUGCCCACGCAAUCAAUUAUUACCCACCAUGCCCAGAACCACAUCUAACUCUCGGCGCCAGCAAGCAUUCUGAUCCUGGCUUUUUAACUGUUCUUCUACAGGACGACAUUGGUGGAUUACAAGUUUUACAUGAAGACCAAUGGGUUGAUGUAUCUCCCAUGCCUGGAGCUCUGGUUAUUAACAUUGGCGAUCUAUUACAGCUGGUUUCUAAUGACAAGUUAAAAAGUGUUGAGCAUAGAGUACUUGCUAACAAAGCUGGCCCCAGAAUUUCAGUAGCAUCUUUCUUCACUACACACCUCUCUCCCUCUUCAAGGAUCUAUGGCCCUAUCAAGGAGUUGUUAUCUGCAGAGAGUCCUCCUAUAUAUCGAGAGAUCACGGUGAAGGAGUUUGUCAUGCACUACAACUCAAAAGGAUUGGAUGGGCAAUCAGCAUUGAACUAUUUCAAAUUAUAAUUAAACUUGAUUUGAAAAUGUAUGAUGUAUCGGAAUAAAAUUUUACUUCUCUACAUGGAUAUAGACUGGAUGAAUGUAAUCUUUGAUUUGAUUUUAUGGGCGUGUAAGAAUAUAUUUAGAGUAAUAGUGAGCAAAGUUGUACCAGAUAUAAGGUUAAAAAUAAAUAAAUCCUACUUGAAAUAAGAGGGGGGAAUCACAAAACA